UUCUUCUUGGACAUCCUUUCAUCUGUUUGCUGCCUUCUUCGCUGGUUUGGCAACUCUUAUUGCCUUUUUGGAGUUUUGCAUUGCCACCGACAUGCUGGACAAUCGUGUGGGAGAUCCGCCUCUUCAACCUGACGAAUCAUCUGAUUCUGACGAUCUCCAUGGAGCCCCACCUACACCUUGGAGUGGCGUGGUCCUCAACUUACUGCAAAACAUGACAGUCAAACAGAUGGUGAUCCAAUACUUUCACCUUGACGUUGACACUCCAGGGCUCGUUCGAGUUCUGAACGACUCGACGCCGAUUGACUGGCGUACAAUGAUCAUCGGCCUGGAGUGGCCGCGCAGACUUUUUGUCCAAGUUUCCAGCUACACUGAGUACCAGAGAUGCAUCCUGUAUUUUGGGCAGCUUGAACAUGCACCCAUCCUCACGCCCCAUGAACAACGUGCACAGGGCACUUUGCCCACAAGGGUUCAUAUUCAUUUUGUCUCGGUCUUCCGGGCGUUGCAGCAAUAUGACAAUUUGAUCACCGCACAAUCGGUGGUCAUUAACAGACUCGAAGAUCGGUUAGCUCGACUCGAACAAGCGGUUUCCACAGGGGUGACGCUCCACCUUCUGCCUCGAGGCAGAGGGCCCAGAACCGUCUCGAGUGAGACCGGUCAAGUCGUGCCUGACCUUUACGUAGAGGACGCAGAUCCUCGACACCUGCUUGAGACCUUGAGGCUCAGCAUGGACUCAGAAAGCACCUUGCCCGACGAAGGGACAGGACUGGAGCCCGAGACCGGGCUUUCGUGCGAAUCUGAACAGUUGGAUGACAGUUUGUGGGACACAACGCAACAGCCUGGUGACUUCGACCAUCUCGAAGAGAUGCACGACAUUGACUUCCCGGAUGCCGAGGGCCAGACAGACAUGGGACACAAUGGAGACACCCUCACCGACGUGGAACGGGCGACACUUGAUUCAAUGGUUCACCAGGCCAUGUUGAGCGCGAGCCUCACUGAUGGACUCUCACUUCCAUGGGAGUCUGGAGUAAUGGCCACCAUCUUCGGAGACGCGCCUUUGGUGGCAGUUCCACAGCUGCCCAAGGUGGCACACACCCUGGAUCACUCCGAGAUGCCUCCAGACAGUCCACAAGGACAGAUGGGUUCACGCGUCAAGAAAGCCAAGACUGAUGCUCCCACAAGCCGCUUGUACGAGAGGGCAAUCUCCUUCAAGAACACCUUCUCCAAUCUGGAGCUGGAUCAGGCAAAGUGGAACAGAGCAUUGGAAAAGUUGUAUGCAGUCAUGGUCUCUGGACCCAAAAGCAAACCUGAUGGCAUGAAUUUCAUUGAGGGCGAGAUGGAAAGAAACCUGCAUCAGAUCCGCCUCCUUUGUGGAUCACGUAGUCCAAACACCAUCUCGAAGCGAGCCCAUAGCCUGCUUCAGUUCUGCACCUGGCACAAAGGGUACUACUACAAGAAGCACCCUGUCCCUUUUGAACAGGACGCAGUAGCAGACUACGUGUGGGAAAGACACCAAGACGGAGUGUCAUACAGCAGCCUCAUGUCCUUCAUAGAAGCUGUGAACUUCGGGACCUACAUCCUAGGCCUGCCAGUUGCAAAUCCAGAUGUGCCAGUUGUGUCAGCAUUCGUGAAAGGCGUCCUCGACAAGCAAGCCCUCUCGAGGCCGAAAAGAAAGCAAGCUCGUCCCCUCACAGUAUCGGAGGUCAUCUUCCUCGAAUCCAUCGUCAAAGACCCCGCGGCCGACCACUUUGACAGAUUUGCUGCGGGCGCUUUCCUUUUUGCUCUGUUCGGAAGGUGUCGAUGGUCAGACCUGAGACAUGUCAGCCACUUCAUCUUAGAUGUGAACUGCGUGGACGGGAAAACCAUCGGAUACAUGGAAUUUUCGACCUUCUCGCACAAGACUGCUGCUCAAGUAGCGCGACAUGGGUUACCUUUGCCAUUGGUAGCUCCGAUAUGGGGUUUAACUCACCCGUGCUGGGCCCUUGAAUGGAACAAGGUUGCGAAAGAAGUCGGCCUCGCCUUUGAAGAUGCUUUCAGGGGCCCCGUUCUGCCGGCGCCUGACAAAGCUGGGAAUUGGAGCAAGAGAAGCGUUUCUGCCUCCGAAGCCACGAAGUGGCUCGGUGAGCUUCUCAAACAAAACAACUCCAGCCUGGACGAAGUGUCAUCACACAGUCUCAAAUGUACUGUGCUCUCCUGGCUGGCCAAAGCCGGAACCGAGCCGCACCACAGACUAGUGCUCGGACACCACAGCACCCAGAAAGGGUCGUUAGAGACAUACUCCAGGGAUAUGCUGGCAGCACCCCUCAGAGCAUUGGAGGACGUUUUACGUCGCAUACGAGUCGGUGCCUUACACCCCGACUUAACACGGUCAGGACACAUCCAGGAACCUACAAGGCCUGACUGUGCCGUCGCAGAUGGAGAUGCACAAGCCGCUGCUGGGAGUUCCUCAUCUGACAGUGAAAGUUCAUCUUCUUCGAGCUCAAGUGAAUCGGACUCAGAAGGGGAGCUUGAACAACAACUGCAAGCAGUUGGGGGCGAUGACCCUCAUGUCAAGCAUGAGUCAUUUGCAGCCUUUGAAAGAAAGUUGUCAGCCAAGUGCUCCAGCAAGACAGCCCAUGAACUUUUUGCAAUGGAAGUUUUUGCAGGCACCAGUCGCCUCACAGCCUGCUUGCGGCAGCUCGGUUUGCGUGCUAAAGUUGCUGCCGCCAAUGCACUGUAUGAAAUAACGCAGAGAUUGUGUCGCCUGUGCCAUUCAACCGGCGUCAUGUAUACCGUAGAGAAUCCAGCCCGAAGCUUCAUGUGGGAUACCACUCCUUUUUCCAAGUUCCUGCAUGACGUGCCACAUUACCGCACGUUCUUCCACCACUGCAUGUACGGGUCGGCCAGACGUAAACACACGUGUUUGGUUCACAACAUUGCAGCGGUCCAAGACAUGGAACUGCUUUGCACCAAUGAUCAUGCUCAUGAGCAGUGGGGACACAGUGGUACAGGUUGGGCCACGGCUCAGGAGACUGCCUAUCCGUGGCCUUUAAGUAGGCGCCUCGCUGCCCUUGUAGCCUUGCACUUACAGCAACAUGGCGUUGUCUGCCCAACUCCUUCCUUUGCCAAACAGGCCAGUCAAUUAGACAGCAUUCGCCAACACACGCAUGUGCAGACUGCAGCCAAUGGUUUACCGUGGGUCAGUGAAUUUGCCAACAUCACCCAAAUCCCUGCCGAUCAACCUGUACCACCCAAUUCCAGACUCCUGACCACUCCACCCAUGGGGGAUAUCGCGAGGGCAGGGUACAAAACAAUCGGCAUCCACAGAAAGCCAGAAGAGUUUGUGGAACAAGCAAUAGCUGCGGGACAUCCUGGAUUGAGUGCAGACGAGUUGCCAGGACCUAUGAAGGAUGCGACAGAGUUUAUGGAAAACCACACGCAUCAAGAAGUUGCUCAAUACAGAUCUGAAGUUUUGCGAAAAAUGAUCCACAGGGCCUCACAGCUUUCGAACGAAGAGCGUCUGCUCAAGCAGCGCAUGUCCAGUAGACGUAGGGGAGUCCUUGAGAACAAACGUUUGCUUCUCUUCAGGGAAUUGCUUAGCGAAGCAGGAUCCAAAGACUCCAACCUUGUGGAUGACAUAUGCAAUGGAUUCGAUUUGACCGGGUUCCGAAACUGCUUGAAGGACCUGAACUGUCAUGUGACCAGGGGGCUCCGCACUAUUACUGACGAGCUUGCGGCCUCGUUGUCCCUCUUGGCAGAACUCCUGGCGGUGAACCCACCGAGGAUCAAGAGAUCUGAUCAGCAAACUUUGAUCUUCGAGUUGGAAGGCUUAGCCAUUGCG